ACCAGUCAGGAGGGAGAGGAGGUUGUGAUGAAGGUGGAGGCUGAUACCUUUGUGGUGACUCCUACUGAUGAGGAAAGGGACCAUGUUGAACCAGAACCUGAAAGUGACCACCAGCUGCUGUUGAACAACUUUUAUGCAGCUGAGAGCCAAGAUCAGAAAGGAUACAAGCGUGAAGACUCUACUAGAGAUGCAGAGACAGAACAAAACGAUCAACAACAUGAAAACAGAAGUCAGAGUAACAUCGUCUGCAACCCUAACUUGUCAGAGUUUGGUGGUAAUAAGCACACAGGUAAAUAUGCAUUCAAGUGUGACAGUUGUGGUAAAAAUUUUAGGUACAAGUCAGUAUUUCAGAGACAUGCAAGAAUUCACACAGGUGAGAAGCCGUAUAUUUGCACAACAUGUGGGAAAGCUUUUACAGAUAGUAGUGCCCUAAAAGUACACAGUAGACAAGUCCACACAGAUGAGAGGCCGUACCUUUGCAAGACCUGCGGGAAAACAUUUGGUAAGAUGCAAACAUUGAGACGGCAUCAAAGAAUUCACACAGGUGAAAAGCCGUAUACAUGUACAACAUGUGGGAAAGCUUUUAAUUUACAGUCAACAUUGAAUAAACACUCGAGAAUUCACACCUGUGAGAAGCCGCAUACUUGCACAGUAUGUGGGAAAGCAUUUGCACAUAGUGCUACCUUGAGAAGACACAUUAGAUGGAUUCACAAUGGUGAGAGGCCGUACCUUUGCAAGAUCUGUGGGAAAGGAUUCGCUGUUCCGUCACAACUAAAAGCACAUACAAAAACACACACCGGUGAGAAGCCGCAUACUUGCACAGUAUGUGGAAAAGCGUUUGCACAGAGUGCUAAUUUGAGAAGACACAUUAGAUGGAUUCACACUGGUGAGAGGCCGUACCUUUGCAAGAUCUGUGGGAAAGGAUUCGCUGUUCCGUCACAACUAAAAGCACAUACAAAAACACACACCAGUGAGAAGCCGCAUACUUGCACAGUAUGUGGAAAAGCGUUUGCACAGAGUGCUAAUUUGAGUAGACACAUUAGAUGGAUUCACAAUGGUGAGAGGCCGUACCUUUGCAAGAUCUGUGGGAAAGGAUUCGCUGUUCCGUCACAACUAAAAGCACAUACAAAAACACACACCGGUGAGAAGCCGCAUACUUGCACAGUAUGUGGAAAAGCGUUUGCACAGAGUGCUAAUUUGAGAAGACACAUUAGAUGGAUUCACAAUGGUGAGAGGCCGUACCUUUGCAAGAUCUGUGGGAAAGGAUUCGCUGUUCCGUCACAACUAAAAGCACAUACAAAAACACACACCGGUGAGAAGCCGCAUACUUGCACAGUAUGUGGAAAAGCGUUUGCACAGAGUGCUAAUUUGAGAAGACACAUUAGAUGGAUUCACACUGGUGAGAGGCCGUACCUUUGCAAGAUCUGUGGGAAAGGAUUCGCUGUUCCGUCACAACUAAAAGCACAUACAAAAACACACACCGGUGAGAAGCCGCAUACUUGCACAGUAUGUGGAAAAGCGUUUGCACAGAGUGCUAAUUUGAGUAGACACAUUAGAUGGAUUCACAAUGGUGAGAGGCCGUACCUUUGCAAGAUCUGUGGGAAAGGAUUCGCUGUUCCGUCACAACUAAAAGCACAUACAAAAACACACACCGGUGAGAAGCCGCAUACUUGCACAGUAUGUGGAAAAGCGUUUGCACAGAGAGGUACCUUGAAAGUCCACAUUAGAUGGAUUCACACUGGUGAGAAGCCGUACCUUUGCAAGAUCUGUGGUAAAACAUUCACUGUUCUAUCACAACUGAAAGCACAUACAGAAACUCACACAGGUAAGAAGCCAUAUGCCUGCAGCAUGUGUGAGAAAAGAUACUCCUACAGGAAAGACUUAAAAGUACACAUGAAAAUCCAUACAGGUCAAUAGCUGUGAUCUUGCAAAACACAAGAGUUGUCACACAUAGUGGUGACUUCACAGUCCAUGAGAAGAACCAACACUGGUGAGAGACUAUUGAAAUAUUUGGCAAAUAGUAUAAGUUGCAGAUGAGACACUUUGUAUUUGCAAAACGUGUGGGAGACAGUUCAGUUCCGGUGGUUCGUGGUCGGAACAGAAGAAUUCACAGAAGUGAGGAGCUACAUAAUUACAGCAGUUUUGGGAAAAGUUUUACUCAAAUCACAUUCUUUUAAAAAACACCUGAGGAUCAAUAUACACACUCCUGUAGAGACAUGUUCACAAACUGAAAGAAAUAUGUUUGUACAGAAACUAUAUCUAUGUUCCUGAAUGUAAAAUGGUAUCAACAAAGUUGGAAUGUAAAUACCCUAAUGUAAAGUUUCCAAGUCAGACAUGUGAGGUGAAUGCCAACACUAUUUUAUAUGGCCACAUGAGAAGUCCUGUUGAAUGUAAAUGUACCUUCUUUUUGCUAUUUUAUUCUGUAUACUACCUCACUGUGCCUUAUUUUAAAGCUAAAUUGAAUUAUCAGAACUUUUGAAAGGUUUCUUGAUAUAUGUACACAUACACUGAAAUAAAUAUUUACAAAGUA